GCCGGAAGCGUCGGCCGUGGCUGGCGAAGACGGAGGGGUCGAGGGGGACGUCUGCCCAUCGCGGUCCCCUCCGCCGAGCCUCCGUCGGGCGGAAGGUCCGCAGAAGCUUGUGGGAAGGUGGCUUUUUUCAUUAUGUGUGCGUCAGUCAAAUACAACACUCGGGGUCCAGCCCUCAUCCCAAGAAUGAAGACCAAACAUCGCAUCUACUACAUUGCUCUAUUUUCUGUUGUGUUACUGGGGUUAAUUGCCACUGGCAUGUUCCAGUUCUGGCCUCACUCCAUUGAGUCCUCAAAUGAAUGGACCCUUGAGAAGCGCAGCAUUCAUGAUGUACCUAUAAUCAAGAUUCCUGCAGACAGUGCCAUUCCAGAACGGGGAGAUCUCAGCUGCAGGAUGCACACAUGUUUUGAUGUUUAUCGCUGUGGCUUCAAUCCAAAGAAUAAGAUCAAAGUCUAUAUUUAUUCCCUAAAGAAGUAUAUGGAUGAAUACAACAUGCCAGUCAGUCACACCAUUUCCAAGGAAUACAAUGAACUAUUAACUGCUAUUUCUGAUAGUGACUUUUACACAGAUGACAUCAAUCGUGCUUGUCUAUUUGUACCAUCCAUUGAUGUUUUCAACCAGAACACACUGCGUAUCAAGGAAACAGCUCAGGCUUUGGCACAAUUAUCCCGUUGGGAUCGAGGCACCAAUCAUCUCUUGUUCAAUAUGCUGCCUGGAGGGCCACCUGACUAUAACACAGCGUUAGAUGUUCCAAGGGACAGAGCUCUGUUGGCAGGAGGUGGUUUUUCUACAUGGACCUAUCGGCAAGGAUAUGAUGUCAGUAUUCCAGUUUAUAGUCCCCUAUCUGCAGAAGUACAACUGCUAAAUAAAGGACAAGGUCUCCGCAGAUAUUUUCUCCUCUCCUCCCAAAUUGCUCUUCAUCCUGAAUACCGUUCAGAACUGGAGGCUCUUCAAGCAGAGAAUACAGAAUCUGUGCUAAUCUUGGACAAGUGUACCAACCUUUCAGAGGGAAUUCCAUUUAUUCGAAAACGUUGCCAUAAAAACCUGAUGUUUGAUUACCCUCAGGUCCUUCAGGAAGCCACAUUCUGUAUUGUUCUGCGGGGAGCACGUUUAGGACAAGCUGUUUUGAGUGAUGUUCUUCAGGCUGGUUGCAUCCCUGUUGUCAUAGCAGAUUCUUACGUUCUUCCUUUCUCUGAAGUUUUGGACUGGAAAAGAGCUUCUGUGAUGAUACCUGAGGAGAAGAUGCCUGAGCUGUACAGUAUCCUACAGAGCAUACCCCAGCGGCAGAUUGAAGAGAUGCAGAGACAGGCAAGGUGGUUCUGGGAAGCUUACUUUCAAUCAAUGAAAGCUAUUGCUAUGGCAACUCUUAAGAUUAUCAAUGACCGGAUCUAUCCAUAUGCUGCCACAUCAUAUGAAGAAUGGAAUGAUCCCCCAGAAAUUAAAUGGAGCAGCGUAAGCAAUCCACUGUUUCUCCCAUUGAUCCCACCUCAGUCACAAGGCUUCACUGCUAUUGUCUUGACAUAUGAUCGCGUUGAAAGUCUCUUUCGAGUGAUCACUGAAGUUUCGAAGGUUCCAAGUCUUUCCAAAUUGUUAGUUGUUUGGAACAAUCAGAACAAAGUUCCACCAGAAGAAACUGUUUGGCCUAAAGUUCGCGUUCCAUUAACAGUUGUACGAACCACAGAAAAUAAACUGAGUAAUCGAUUCUUCCCCUAUGCUGAGAUUGAAACAGAGGCUGUGUUAGCCAUUGAUGAUGAUAUCAUCAUGUUGACCUCGGAUGAGCUGCAGUUUGGCUAUGAGGUGUGGAGAGAGUUCCCUGACAGAUUAGUUGGCUAUCCUGGUCGCCUGCAUUUAUGGGACCAUGAAACAAGUAAAUGGAAGUAUGAAUCAGAGUGGACCAAUGAAGUCUCAAUGGUGCUAACAGGGGCAGCCUUUUAUCACAAGUAUUUUAAUUACUUAUACACCUAUAAAAUGCCUGGGGACAUCAAAAACUGGGUGGAUGCACAUAUGAAUUGUGAAGACAUUGCCAUGAAUUUUCUAGUGGCCAACGUAACUGGGAAAGCAGUUAUUAAGGUGACACCCAGAAAGAAAUUCAAAUGUCCAGAAUGCACAGCCAUCGAUGGGUUAUCCUUAGAUCAGACACACAUGGUAGAAAGGUCCGAAUGCAUUAACAAAUUUGCCUCUGUCUUUGGGACCAUGCCUCUGAAAGUGGUGGAGCACAGGGCAGAUCCAGUCUUGUACAAAGAUGACUUUCCUGAAAAGCUGAAGAGCUUUCCUAACAUUGGAAGCUUGUGAAGAGCAGCCAUGAGUGAAGUUGGAAAUUGGAAUCCAGCAGUCCAGGCAGCAGCUGAAGCUACGAAAAAUCUUCGCGACUGAAAGAUUCAUGCCAGGGAGUAUUACAGAGAGAGGUCACAAAAAAUUAACGCUUUGUUCCUGAAAAGCUUUUCAACAGAGAGUAAAACUCAGUGCAAAAAGAAGCAGUGGAGAUGAAUAGACUGCAUUGGUCUACUGAAAUGUUUGUUGGCUCUAUAAAAGAUUGCAUGUGUAGGAAUAUACACAAUGCAACAUUUUUGAUCACAGAGCAAAAAUUACUUCUUCUCUAAGGGCUGCUAGUUACCACAUCUCUUGUUGGUCCAUUUUCAGACUGCUUUCUAGAUUUGCUGCCCAGAUACCCUCUUGGGCUGGUGUGCAAGACCUGCUUUAGCAUCUUUUCAAAUACAUUGUAAGCAUUAAUUCUGCCAUAGAAUUGGCAGCUUUUUUUUUUUACUUGGUUAAAAAAGAAAAUGUGUAUUGAUGUUCGGUUCAUUUUUAACAUUACAAGAUAAUUGAAGUUGAAUAAAGCAGCAGUUCUUAUUUUUCUUUUUAUUAAGGUAUUUAGUUGUUAGUAAAGAACACAUUUCAUGUUUUCUAUUAUUUCUGCUGAACAGAAGAUUGAAUAGUAGAAUACCUUCGAAUUAGACUGCAUUUUUAAGUAUAUAGAAUGACUGUUCGAUUCUUAGCCUAUUUUGAUAUUUCAGCCUGCUUUCCUUACCAUAUUGGGAUGGCUUCCAGUUGACCAAUCGUUAAUUAGGAAUACAUAAAAAUGCCUUUUGUACUUCGGAGCUCUUGAUAAAAAAAAUACUGGGUUCAAUGCUAACAUUUUUUUUUGAAGGGAGCUAUACAUGACAAUUUGAAUUGUGUAAUUGUGCAAUAGAUUAAUGAUUCAUAGAAAGCAAUUUAAUAUCUUCUGAAACAAUUUACAUCCUGAGGUAUAUAACUCAUUAUCACAAGAUAAUGAAUAUCCAUCAUGUAAGCAAUUGAUGCUGAAGUAACCAUAAAGAACAUGCACUAGGGAAUGAGAGAGAGUGACACCCUCGCGUUUCAGGUCUGUCACAAAAUAAAAGCAUGUUUACUGUCAAUUUGAAAUCAUAAGAACCCUGCAUGAAGAAAUUUUAAAUCUUUCUUCCCUGGGCUGAAAAUUGUUUAACUAAAAAACUAUUAACAGGGAAGAUUAAGAAUAAUAAUUUCUUUGUUGUUUAAAUCUUAAUAAAAAUAUUCACUAACCUAAGAUAGCUGAUCUAUAUCUGCAAUAGGAAUCAGUUCUCUUUGCAUCAGCGCUGUGAUAUUCCAGUUAGGUGUAGUGUGGAAUGUUAACAUAUUUCUGCAAAGGCCUGUUUGAGUCUUUAGUGACUACUCUGUAAUCUGUAAUUUCUGUAAUUUCUGUAAUCUGUAAUUUCUACUCCUUAGAUGCAGAUUCUGCUGACAAGUAGGAAAUUUCUUCACCCUGUCACUUAAGUCUGAAAGACGAAAAAAUAUAUAGAUUUUUAAAUAUAAAUUAUAGAAAAACCAUAAAAUGCAAGAAGUACUGCAUUACCAGGAUCUAGAGCAUCCUGGUAAAAUAUUCUUACUGCCAUGCAGUGGUGGGUUCUAACUGGUGUUACCACUGGUUCGCUUCGCUCGCACACACGCCAAACGUGCUUCACGCAAGCGCAUUGAGUGGUUGAACUGCAAUUUGCUCUGCCGCACCUUUCAGCUGGGCUAAAAACGGAGGAAUAAAGGUAGGUAUAGCCAGUGGUGGGAUUCUUUUUUUUUUUUUUUUACAUUUAUAUCCCGCCCUUCUCCGAAGACUCAGGGCGGCUUACAGUGUAUAAGGCAAUAGUCUCAUUCUAUUUGUAUAUUUACAAAGUCAACUUAUUGCCCCCCCAACAAUCUGGGUCCUCAUUUUACCUACCUUAUAAAGGAUGGAAGGCUGAGUCAACCUUGGGCCGGGCUUGAACCUGCAGUAAUUGCAGGCUACUGUGUUCUAAUAACAGGCUCCUUACAGCCUGAGCUAUUCCGGCCUAUUCCGGCCUAAAUUCAAAUAAUUUAACAACCGGUUCUCUGUCCUAAUGAUUUCUUUCAACAACCAGUUCACCAAACUGCUCAGAAAGUUAACAACCGAUUCUCCCGAAGUGGUGCGAACUGGCUGAAUCCCACCACUGGGUAUAGUGCAAGGUCAGGUGGUAGGGCCCAGAUAACGGUUGGAGUGAACCGGUUUGCUGUCACUUCAACAUCUCCGCUAUCGGCUCUCCCGAACCGGUGAGAACCGGUAGCAACCCACCACUGCUGCCAUGAUAACACAGGUAGAACACAAAAAUUGGGGGUGGCAGCCACAGCAUUUCUGAUUCAACUGCUCAGGGAAAAUACAAAGCAAAUUGUCUCAACUGUUAAAAUACUGGACCUAAAUUACAGCACCUUCAUUAUUUUACAUUUGACAUUGCAUAAACUGUGAUAUUGAUUGGAAUGUCAGGACUUUUCUUCUACAGUAGUGCUCUUCUGAGGAGGUCUGAUUUUGCCUCUCUUCUGAGGCCUGAUUUUGCCUCUCUUCUGAGUAGAAGUCAUCUCUGACUUUUAUUCCUUCAUCAGCUAAAUUCCUUAUGCAAAUUCUUCAGUUAAGUUGCUUCUGCCAUGGGAGCAGCCAUCUUUGGGGCAGCCCAGGCAAAGUUGAUUUGUUUUGCUUGUACUCAUUCUUCAGUACCUAAUUCAAUGUAUGAAGGAGGUUUUAACCCUGCUGUGAAAUAUUAUUAAUGAUAUUAAGAAUUAAGCUCAACUAUCUCGGCAUGUAUAAUUUAUAUGCCGGGUAAUCUUGAUGGUUGUAAACCUCUUUACAUUUCCUUCCUAAGAAUGCAGGUAAGAGUUCCUUAAAUAUCUGCCCUGUUCUCCAGCUGUGAAAGGGCAGUAUGGAUGCCUCUUAUUUUAAAUCUGAUUCUAUUAAUUGCUUCCAGUGAUUGAAGCUGAAGCUCAGAUUGCACUUGACUCUUGUCCCCUGUUGUUUCUGUGGGCUCAGGGCUGCGCAGCUGAUUUUGUUUUACCUAUUCGUUGCCAAAACUUUUUUUCUUCAAUGUGUUUUUUCAAUGUUAGCAGGAACAAUUUUCCAUACAAUUAGUUGUGCAAAUUAUUUCUUGCCUCAGAUUUUGUUCAGUUGCAUCAUGGUUAAUUAUUUGGUUUGCAAUUUGCCAUGAUUUAAAUUUUUUAUCCAACAUUUGGAUUAGCAGGGAACAGCAUAUUACUAGCACAAUUUUCUACAACUUGGAAAUGUUCGGUAUGCGUGAUCAGUGUGCCUUCUCUUGUUGAUUACUCUUUGUUUUCAGCAGGAUAAUCAUGCUAGUAUAGUAUUACCCCAAAUUUUCCUUCCACCUGACCUUUUUAUCAUAGUGGUCUAUAUAUUUCUUUGAGGAUGCUAAUUGGGCAUUCAAUUGUAUCUGCAGUGUCUAUUUUCGGGAAUAUAAGUGGAACAAUAUUUGAAGCAAAUUCCAGUUGGUAAAUUGUUCUUAGUUACCAAUUUCCAUUUUGCAGCAAGCACUUUUGAAAGACAAUUAGAGGCAGACACUCUUAAAAUUAACCUUUGAUCCAUAUAUAAUAUAAUAUAAUAUUAUAUAAUAUUUGAGUAUGUUCAAUGUUAAAAUAUUUUACUUCAUUUGUAUUAGUCAAAUUUAAGUGUUCUUCUCCCUUAAUUUAGUUCCUUCUGCUUCCCUUUAGUGUCCAACUCUCAAGGUCUCAUUCUAUCCUAGUUUUUAAAGAGAUUUCAAAACAAAUAUUUAUCAUUGAAAAGUUUCUUAUAAUUAAUUCCAAAACCUUAUUAGAAUCCAUCCAUACCUUUAGUCCAGAGGUCAGCAACCUGCGGCUCUGGAGCCUCAUGUGGCUCUUUCAUGCCUCUGCUCCUUGUUGCUGGUUGGCUCCACAAUUGAUAGGGCUUUCGGUUAGGACAGGUAGAGGAAAAAGGACGCCACGCUAGGAGGAGACUCUAUGGUGGUGGUGGUGAGAAACUAGACUUCCGGUCGGCAUAAGAAAAAGGAGGCCACUCUAGGAGGAGGCUCUAUGGUGGGGGGAACUGGACUUUCGGUCGGCAGAGGAAAAAGAUUGCCACGCUAGGAGGAGACUCUAUUGCGGGGGGGAACCGGACUUCUGGUCAGCUCCAGAAUUGAAAGGGGGGGGCUUCUGGUUAAGACCUUUGUGGCUCUUUGAGUGUUUAAGGUUGCCGACCCCUGCUUUAGUCAAUUUGUAACUUUCCAAAAUAAAAGCUCUAAUCACCUUUUUGCUGUUUAUUGCAAAAAAGGAAUUUUUUAAAAAAUCAUUAAAUUUGUACAGGUAAUCCUUGAUUUACAACAGUUCAUUUAGUGGCUGUUCAAAGUUACAACAGCACUGAAAAAAAGGACGUAUGGCGGUUUUUCACAUGUCCAUUGCAGCAUCCCAAUGGUUGGGUGAUCAAAAUUUGGAAGCUUGGAAACAAGUUCAUAUUUAUGAUGAUUGCCAUUUCCCGGGGUCAUUUUAUCACCUUUUGGGAUCUUCUUAACAAGCAAAAUCAAUAGGAGAGCCAGAUUCACUUAACAGCCAUGUUAUUAACUUAACAACUGCAGUGAUUCACUUAAGAACUGUGGCAAGAAAGGUCAUAUAUUGAGUCAUAAUUCAUUUAAGUGUUUUGCUUAGCAACAGAAAUUUGGGGCUCAAUUGUGGUUGUAAGUCGAGGACCACCUGUGAUAAAAAAUUCUUUCACUGAGAAUCUAAGGAAACACAUCCAAUAUUGUCAAAACUUUACAAGCUGAAAAGCAAUUUCUGAAAGUGGUUAGAAAAUAACGUAUGCAAAGCCUAUGUCCAUAAAGACACCAACCACGGUGUGAGCAACGAUAGCGUUGCCUUCUCUCCCACAGCUCUAAACCUGCCAGAAACUGUCUUGCAAAUUCCUCACAAGGAACAUAUAUCUGGAGCACUUGUGGGCAAUCUCAAACCCUUUCCUUGUCUAGAAAGGAAUAACAAAAAGCUGGUCUAUUUGCUGGUGCUUGAUUCCACUGCAGUCGGAUUCUUCAGUUCCCCAUUUCUUCUCUGGAACUUGUAUAAGACACUUUUAAAGGUAUAUGCCAAGGGGAAAAAAGGAUCACAGUGCAGUUUUAAGUACCGUAUAUACUCGAAUAUAAGCCGAUCCGAGUAUAAGCCGAGGUCCCCAAUUUUACCCCAAAAACUGGGGUAAACUGGGGACUCGAGUAUAAGCCGAGGGUGGGAAAUGAGGCACCUACCGGUCGGCGAAACCCUCCCUCCCUCGGCCGAGAAGGCUGGCGGCUCCCCCGCCCCGCCCUCUCACUGCACCGGCAGGGCUUCCCCGCGCUAAAGCAAAAGCCCGCCAAGUUCGCGCCGGCCGGUAUAAUGUGAAAAAAAGAAAAAAAAAAACUCGAGUAUAAGCCGUAUAUACUCGAGUAUAAGCCGAGGGGACGUUUUUCAGCACAAAAAACGUGCUGAAAAACUCGGCUUAUACUCGAGUAUAUACGGUAUAUUGAAUUAUAACUUCUGUCAUAGUCACACAGCAGAUGGUAAGGGUGUAUGAGAAUUGUAGGCCAUAACAUGAACAGAAGAACACAUUGCUUUCCUACGAUGUACAUCUAUGAUGUUUUCAAUAUGUAUAAGAUGUGAAUAUAAUGUGUACAUUUGUAUACUUGUCUAAGAACUGUUGCUGGUUAUAGCUCUUUGUUAAACAUAUACUCAGUUGCAAAGCCAAUUUUUCAGCUGUGUCAUGAGAAAAUAAUGAGGCGUGGUCUAAAUAUCUACCUCUGUCCACCUGGAUUCCAGAAAUAUUAAUUGAACAAACAUUUGUAUAUUUGCAGCUAUAAGAAACUUCAAUGAAUGUUCCACUUUGAAAUGAACUGUACAUAAGUAUUUCGUAUUGGUUUCCGUAUUGUGGUCCCAUCUCCCCUAUAAUACAGAGGUUAUCCAGGGACCAUAUUUCUCAA